AUGUCUUUGAUAACUGACAGCCGGGUAACUUGCCCACUGACUGAGUUAGUCAAUCAGUUUACAAACUCUCUCACUCCAGUUUAUCAAUAUUAUUUAACCGGUACACACAGAAGCUUUGAUCCAUAUUCAUUAUGGGGAUUUGUACCAUACGCUUUUCAUGGAUGGGAUGCUAUGCUAUAUCUACGCACCUAUGAAACACACAGUGAUUUUACUGAUCCAAGUUUAGUGCAAUCACGUGACCACUUAAAAAAUGAACAAGAGUUAAUUCGUCUAAGAAAAAUCAGUGAUCUGCUCAAUUCAGCUAUGCAUGAAUUUGCACGAAGCGGUGUUAUAUCUAGCUGGCAUAAGUCAACUAAAGACACGUAUGAUGUCAAUCUUAUUGAAAAUGAUCAGUUAUGCAAAUAUGUAAAUAUAAUGAAGAAAAGAUGUGAUUUUUGGAAGUUAAUAUUUGAAAAUAAUUUAUUCAAUUUCACAUGGAGAUUUUAA